GACAGAUCCAAGUGGCAGGAGAAGAGGAGCCGGUCUGCUCUGCAGGACAGGAUUUCUAAACGCCAGUGGCAACGAAGGCUGCAAUGUCGCUGGGGGGAAGCCAAGGCAUUAUCUCGGCCACCGAGAUCCUCAUUGUGGCUGCUGUCUUCUGCCUGGUCUUCCUGCUCAUCCAGUCCUUCAGGCAGCACGUCCCCAAGGGGCUGAAGAGACCCCCAGGACCAAGAGGCUACCCCAUCCUCGGCAACGUGCUGGAGCUGAGGAAGGACCCGCACCUGGCCCUGACCAAGCUGAGCCAGAAGUAUGGGGACGUGAUGGAGAUCAGGAUCGGCAGCCGGCCCGUGCUGGUGCUGAGCGGGCUCGACACCAUCAAGCAAGCCCUGGUGAAGCAAGGAGAAGACUUCAUGGGGCGCCCUGAUCUCCACAGCUUCCGCCAUGUCACAGAUGGCCAGAGCCUUACCUUCAGCCCAGACUCAGGGGAGGUGUGGAAAGCCCGCAGAAAGCUGGCCCAGAACGCCCUGAAGACCUUCUCCAUCGCCCCCAGCCUGACCUCCUCUUCCACCUGCCUCCUGGAGGAGCACGUCUCCAAGGAGGCCGACUACCUGGUCACCAAGUUCCUGCAGGUGAUGGAAGAGGAGAAGAGCUUUGACCCUUACCGGUACCUGGUGAUCUCUGUGGCCAACGUCAUCUGUGCCAUGUGCUUUGGCAGGCGUUACGACCACAACGACCAAGAGCUGCUCAGUAUAGUGAAUGAAAGCCAUCAGUUCGAGGAAGUGGCUGCUGCUGGCAACCCUACUGACUUCAUCCCUGUGCUCCAGUAUCUUCCCAGCCGUGCCAUGAAUUUAUUUAAAGAUUUCAAUAAACGAUUCAUUCGUUUCCAGCAGAAAAUUGUCAAAGAGCACUACGAGACCUAUGACAAGAACAACAUCCGAGACAUCACUGACUCCCUCAUUGAGCAGUGCGUGGAGAAAAAAAUUGAAGCAAAUACUGUCACACAGAUCCCUAAGGAAAAAAUUGUCAACCUUGUGAAUGACCUCUUUGGAGCUGGCUUUAACACUGUUACAACUGCCCUGUCCUGGAGUCUCAUGUAUCUUGUGAAGUACCCCGACAUCCAGAAGAGGAUCCAGGAAGAAAUAGAUCACACCAUCGGCCAGGAGAGGCGACCGAGGCUGUCUGACCGAGGCACGCUGCCGCGCACAGAAGCCUUUAUCCUGGAGAUGUUCAGGCACUCUUCCUUCCUGCCCUUCCUUAUCCCACACAGCACAACCAGGGACACAGUGCUGAAUGGCUACUAUGUCCCAAAGGAUUGCUGUGUGUUUAUCAACCAGUGGCAAGUGAAUCAUGAUGAGAAACUUUGGAAGGAUCCACUGGCUUUCAAUCCAGAGCGCUUCCUCAGUGCUGGAGGGACUGAAGUUAACAAAGUAGAUGGGGAGAAGGUACUGGCUUUUGGCCUAGGGAAAAGAAAAUGUAUUGGGGAGUCCAUUGCCAGAUGGCAGGUCUUCCUCUUCUUGUCCAUCCUGCUGCAACGGCUGGAAUUCAGUGUUUGUGGUGGCAAGAAGGUGGACAUGGCACCUGUCUAUGGACUAACACUGAAACACAAAAGGUGUGAGCACUUCCAGGCCAAGCUGCGUUUCCCCAUGAAGAGCUUGAACUGAGCUAUGGGCUUAUCCAUUGCCCUGGCAAUUGCCAGGUGGGGCAAAGGCCUGGGUGCACUUGCAGUAAAACUGGCUCUGGUAGAACCCUAUGGGGCCAUCUAAUAAACUGAACGCAUUGAAAAUCC